AUGAGAAAAAGGAAAGCAACAGAAGACAUAGAAAAUACGUGUACAUCAGAAGACCUCAAUAUCUUAUUCCAGAUCAGCGAUACUGAGAAUGCUUACGAAUUUAUUACUAAGACGCUUGGCGUGCCAAUUCGGAAUAAUUCACCUUCGCUGAGCUAUUACGCCAAUGGACCUGAAGUAAUAUUUGUAGCUAUUUGCAAGCCUUCGUUUGGGAACAAUCCAAAAGUCAUUAACAUUGUGAAGUCAAACCUAAAUCUGAGAAAAGAUUGUAUCUUGAAUCUGCGACGAAUUAUUAAUCUAAGUAUUCUCAUCAAGUCACUUCAAGAUGUGAUUGGAUGGCAUGAAACACCAGAGUUCUGUCCCAUUGAAAGAGAGCGUCAGACCGUCGAGGAAUCUGAUACACAUGUUGAAAAACUCAAGAAUGUUUACGGCAUACUGACAAAGAAAAAAGUUCCAAAUCCAAAGAAUCAGAAGGAACUCCUUGAAGCUAUUUUCUGUGUGUUCGAGACACUGGUGUGGCCCAACAUCAUUAAAUUGCCUGGUGAACAAUCAAAAUGGAUUCUUAUAGACUGGGACGAUGCUGAUGGACCUCCAACUCGACCAGCAAAACAUCUUGGAAAGGAAAAUCAUGCACCAGAAGCAUUUGAGGAAAAUCACGGUGGAGAAGUUGAUAUAUGGGUACAAAUGCAGAGUAUUAAUAGACCUAGUGCUCACGACGCUCUUGAAUUUUUCAGGUCUCUCACUAAAUAG